GAAUUUGCCUUGGAAUGCAACUGGCAGUGGUCGAAUUCGCAAGAAACUGCCUGAACUUGAAAGAUGCUAAUUCUACAGAAUUUGAGCCAAACACUCCAGUUCCAUUGGUAAUCGACAUGCCUGAACACAACCCUGGUGACUUGGGAGGAACAAUGAGACUGGGAUUAAGACGAACUGUUUUCACAACUGAAAAUUCCAUACUGAGGAAGCUUUAUGGUGAUGUUCCUUAUAUAGAAGAAAGACACAGACAUCGGUAUGAGGUAAACCCUAACCUGGUCAACCAAUUUGAGAAGAAAGACCUUUGUUUUGUUGGUCAGGAUGUAGAUGGGAAGAGGAUGGAAAUUAUUGAACUGACAAGUCAUCCUUAUUUCAUCGGUGUCCAGUUCCAUCCUGAGUUUUCUUCUAGGCCAAUGAAGCCUUCUCCUCCAUACCUGGGGCUCUUACUUGCAGCAACCGGCAAUCUGAAUGCCCAUCUGCAACACAUGAGCAGACUGUCACCCAGUGAUGUAUACAGCGAUGUCAGCGAUGACAGCUUUUCUGAGGCAAAGCUGGCUGAACUGGAAAUCAACUGAAGUUCUUUCUUGCCUCAUGAGUAACAGGGGCCACCCAAAAGGCCUCUGAAGUAAUUAAGAUGAAAGAAUUAUCUGAAGAAACCACCACACUGUUCCCUUGACAUGGGCUAUGAAGAUUCAAAGGGAAUCCAAAAAUGUUUACUUCAUGAAACAGAACCAAAGGGAUUCUUUGCUUUUUCCUCCUGAGGCAGCCUGUAGUAUUCACUCAUUUCUAUACUUAAUUAAACGUUAUUCAGCAGCAA